UUCCCUCCUCUCCCCGCUGUCACGUGAUCGGUCGUCACUAAUUACUGUGCACAUAGAUAUGACGUAGCCCAAACAGUGGGUUAACCCACAGGCGGAAGUGCGUAUUACACAAAGCAGUGCGGAAUAUACAUUUUCGGUUGUUGCAAACAGACAUCAGUAACUGGAUCAUCAUGAACCUGAACAGAGUCAAGGAUGAGGACAAGCUUGAACUUUGCAGAAAAUAUUACUAUGGUGGUUUCUUUGCCCUCCCCUUCCUUUGGUUGGUCAACGUUGUCUGGUUCUUCAAACAAGCCUUUAUUCGUCCAGCUUUUGAACAGCAACAAGAGAUCAAGUCAUAUAUUAUCAAAUCCCUGGUUGGCUGCAUACUGUGGACAGCAGUACUGGUCACGUGGAUGACAAUAUUUCAGAUGUACCGAGCUGACUGGGGAGAGAUCGCAGACAACAUGUCCUUCAUCAUUCCUAAAGGAAUUGCCUAAGACAGCAACUGAUGUCAAAAUCAAACAUCUUUUUUUAUCUGCAUUUAGUUGUGUUUGUUUAUAGAAUGUAUUUGUAGGCAUUCAACUUUGAAAUCAAAAACAAGGGGCAUUCAGAAUACCUGGUUUCUCAUUUGGGUUGCAAAAUGGAUUUGAUUUAAUUUCAGAUAAGGUUGCUCACUUCAAAAAGAAAUGCAUACUGAGAUUAAAGAUUUCCACAAACGUAAA